GAGUCUUCAACCAACCCUACAUGCGGCUAUACGAGAGUUAAUGGGACAUUUCAGAGAGAAUACAGAGAUAAUGAAGUUACAGGUUAUGUUCUUGCUGGUAAUGGUACAAUCAGAUCCUUACCCAAGGCUUGGGCUGGCAAUGAUGAACUAUGCAUGAGUGUCGACAUAAAAGGGACAUCUGAUGGAGAACUUGUGGUCAAGGCUUACAAUGGAACUGAAAUCAAAGCAAUCCGGUCGUUUUCUGCCUCGACUACCUGGAAGAUCGAGAAAUUCAUUUUAAAGAAAAUAAACUCUGCAGAUACCGAGUUCCAACUCGAGCUGGAGGCAUCCAGGAAUGUAGAGUUAGACAACAUAACAACUUUGAACUCUUCUGAAUGUUAUGGUCUAGAAUGUGGCGUUGUUUAUAAUUCCAAAUGUUUUCGAGCGAUCCUUAAUGAUGUGAACAACGUCUCAUUAAGCGUCGCUGAAUCUAUUUGCAAAAACAACCUAGCUAAUUUUUAUGACGUCACACACUACAAAUUGCUUCAAGAUUAUUUACGAUCACUGAUUCCAGAUGGGGAAACAUACAUUGUUUUUCGAACAGGAAUGACUUACGAGAACAGUCUGCUGCAGUCAACAACGGACCAAGCUAUAUCUCUGCCAACUGAGUUUUGGCUUUCUACUUAUCCGUCUUCCGUUGCAUCGCGGACAACUGUUGUUGUAGGUGUCGAUCAAAACCCGGAAGAUAAAUUUCAAGGGACUUUUAAUGUUUCUCCUUCCUAUGAGUAUAAUGGAGCCAUCUGUGAAAAUGAAUUAUAA